GGGAGUGGGGGGAGCGGGCGGGGGUCGGAGUCGCGAGCAACUGCGGGCUAUUUCGGCGCCUGGCCGACUCGUCGGGCUGUCCUGGGGCGAGCAGAGGAAGCCGCGGCUUUCCUUCCAAUUCCGGAAGGCCCUUUUCCGCCCGCUCCCUGGGCUUCGCCGAACCUCCGCCAAGGGGGCCCCGAGUGGGGUCGUCGGAGCCUCCGGGCGGGCCGGCAGAAAAGGGCUCCUGGGUCUCAGAGCCCGGUUUGUUCUGUGCCGCGCCGGCGGGCGGUGCCUCCAGGCGCUGCGGAAGAAGCAGCAGCAGCAGCCGGACGCGCCUCCUCCUCCGGUUCGGCCUGAAGCUCCCCCCCUCCGUUCUGGCGGGCCCUGCCCCGACCCGGGGGCGGCGUGAUUGCCCUCGGCCUCGAGGCUGCUUUUUGAGGCCUUUGGGCAACCUGGGCAGAAGCCCCCGCGGCGGCUCUCCUGGCGGACCCGGUUCGGAGUUAUCUGCCCUCAAAAGAUCCGGGAUGGAUCAGGGCCAGUUUUUCAAGGACGCCUUCAGGGACCAUCCAGAAUCGCGACCUGCUGCCUCUGUUGUGGAGUUGUCCCUUCCCCCGGCACCUCUGCUCUGCGAAAGAACUUGUCAUCUCCAAAAUACCUAUCACAACACUACUAGUUUUAGAAACUAAUUUUAGGUUGCCAGCAUGACUAUAGGGAUGCUGCUUGGUGCCACCAAGGUUCCCGUUUCAUCAACACAUGUUAUUUAAAUAGAUACAUCUUCCACCUGAUUUUCUCUACAUUUUUGAUCUUAGACUUCAAUGGGAAGCUAACAUCGGCCAAACACAGCUUGAUUUAUUACUACAAGUAAAAUAAAAAUUUGCAAAUCAAGUUUCUGAAACCUGCCCCAAAAAAAGAGAAAUUAAAAGGUGGGGAGAAAAAUUUGAGGCUCAAGGAAUCUGGAGCAGUUCUUUUUCUGAAAUUUUUUGUGUUGCAGAUAAUUAAGAAUUUGCAGAAUGGAUACUGAAACAGAUGGACACUAAACAAGGUGCCAGAACUGAAAUAAAAGGAAAUGUUUAUUAAAAUUGUCCCCAUUGAAGCACCAGGAGUCCUUCCCCAAUCUUCCAUGAUGGGGUGGUCUCUGAAGAGCCUGUUAGGUGUAAUGGUUCUAGCCUAGAAAGCAGAAAACUCACUUCUAAUCUUGCCUCAGCUUGCAGCAGCAGAAUGGUCUUCGCGCUCAGUGUGGCCUGCCGAGAGCCAGGUGCUGCUCUGAAGGAAGGUGGGCAGGAGGGCCAGUCCUGACGCAGGAGGCUGCUUGUUCCAGGAAGACCUUGAUCCACCCUGUUUGAUCUUGCACUAUUUGAGCUCAGAGCCCUCGGAAGCACAAGUACACCCAGCAAUGGCGGCAAAGAAUUACAGCUAUCACCGGUUUGUCAUAUUCACUGCUAUGUAUGUUGGGUACACCUUGUACUACUUCAACAGAAAAACCUUCUCCUUCGUGAUGCCUUCAAUCAUGGAAGAGGUACAACUGGACAAAGAUGAUUUGGGUCUCAUCACCAGCAGCCAAUCUGCCGCUUAUGCCAUUAGCAAGUUCGUUAGUGGUGUCCUUUCAGACCAACUGAGUGCCCGCUGGCUCUUCUCUUCCGGCCUCCUCUUGGUGGGAUUAGUCAACGUGCUGUUUUCCUGGAGUUCCACCGUUGCCCUGUUUGCCGGACUGUGGUUCUUCAACGGGCUGGCCCAAGGCCUGGGCUGGCCCCCCUGUGGCAAAGUGCUACGCAAGUGGUUUGAACCUUCCCAGUUUGGGACUUGGUGGGCUAUCCUCUCCACCAGCAUGAAUCUGGCCGGAGGGAUCGGGCCCAUUAUGGCAGCGCUGAUGGCACUGAGUUAUGCCUGGCGCACUAUCCUAGCCCUCUCUGGUUCACUGUGUGUGGUUGCCUCCUUGGUGUGCCUGCUCCUGAUUAAGAAUGAGCCUUCAGAUGUGGGACUGCCUAACCUUGACUCUCAGCCCAAGAAAGGGAAACAAGACUCCUCGAAGGAUGACAGCACCUUGGCGGAGCUGCUUUGUUCUCCAUACCUCUGGAUCCUUUCUUCGGGCUACCUGGUGGUGUUUGGUGUCAAGACAUGUUGUACUGAUUGGGGACAGCUAUUUCUCCUUCAGGAGAGAGGACAGUCUGCCCUUGUGGGCAGUUCCUACGUGAGCGCCUUGGAAAUUGGUGGCCUGGUGGGCAGCAUUGCUGCUGGCUACCUUUCAGACCGUGCAGUGGCCAGGGUAGGUCUCUCAAUCUACGGAAACCCUCGGCAUCCCCUGCUCAUCCUGAUGAUGGCCGGCAUGGCUGCCUCCUUGUUCCUCUUCCGAGUCACAGUAACUGACAGCUCCGCCAAGGGAAAUUACUCUUGGAAUCAAUUCCUCUACCCUCUGGCUGAUCUUGUGGGCUUUACAGAACAUGAGCUCUGGAUCUUGCUGUUGGGAGCCGUCUUUGGAUUCUGUUCUUAUGGGCCAAUUGCUCUGUUUGGCGUAAUAGCCAAUGAGAGUGCACCGUCCAACCUGUGUGGCACCUCUCAUGCCAUCGUUGCCCUAAUGGCCAAUGUGGGAGGCUUCCUGGCUGGUCUGCCUUUCAGCACAAUUGCCAAACACUACAGCUGGGGAACAGCCUUCUGGGCAGUGGAAUUGAUCUGCAUAGCCAGCACUGUGGCCUUUUUCCUUCUGAGAAAUAUCUGCACCAAAAUGGGUCGUGUGCCAAAGAAAAUUGACUGA